AUGCCAGCCUACCUGGAUGAUCCGUGUGAUAUUGGAGCACAAAUUGUGAGGGGCUCUCUCCGCAGGGCGAGGGCAUUUAAAGACCGCCGGAAUCCGCUGGCAUACCCGGACGAUAUUCUGUAUGAAAGAUAUAGAUUUUCGGCCGAGGGAAUUCACUAUCUGUGUCAGCUGAUCGGGCCAGACAUCUGUAACAUCACACAUCGCAGCAAUGCACUGAUGAUUGAGCAGAUAAUGUGCCUUGCGCUUAGGUACUUUGCCAGUGGUCAAUUUAUGUAUUCCAUCGGUGAUGCUGAACAUCUGAGCAAGAAUACUGUAUGCCGUAUGAUUUGCAAGGUUGUACUUGCUCUAUCUAAACUGUUGGAUGCAUUUGUCGUGUUCCCUGGCCAUCUAUCCGCAAUGCACAUCAAAGAAGGGUUUUAUGCAAUCGCGGGUUUUCCAAGGGUGACAGGAGCCAUUGACUGCACGCAAAUCCCAAUCAGUGCACCUCUGGGGGAGCACGAGGGCGAUUAUGUGAAUCGCAAAUCAUUUCACAGCAUCAAUGUGCAGAUGACAUGUGACCACCAGUACAUGGUGACCAGCCUGGAUGCAAGGUGGCCAGGUGCAGGAUUUGAAGAGGGUAAGGCAAUCCUCCAUUUCAUUAAAGGGCACUUUGAUGGUCUGCUGCUGGGGGACCAUGGUUACCCAUGUCUGAGGCACCUGCUAACACCCUAUCCGGACCCGCAAACAAGGGCGCAGAGACAUUUCAGUGCCACUCACAGCAUCACAAGGGCCCGGAUCGAAAUGACAUUUGGCAUCCUGAAGGCACGGUUCCGCUGCUUGAAGGGUCUUCGUGUAAGGCCAGGGAGGGCCUGUCAGGUCAUUAGUGCGUGUGUGGUACUUCACAAUAUUGCCACAAUUCGGAAGGAAAGAGUCCCAAAUGUCCCUCCCAUGCCCCCAGACUUUGUUGACCCCAUGACCCUUGACCAUCCCACAGGACAUGCAGAAAUAGGCAAUCAGGUGGAGGCAGGGACCAUCCUUUGUGACCAUUUGUGA